GCGGAUUCAGCAAGUCGUCCAGACUCUACCAAGGUGCCUGUCGACAACAGACGUAGGCCAGACGUGGAUACACGUCUCACCAGACGACUAUCACACCCAGUACUUGAACACUCUCCAGGAGGGAGACUUGGAGGAGCACUAUUCUUAUAAGUCCGCUCUUCGACGAUGCGCGCGUGUUCUCCUUAUCCUUAGGCGCCAGAAGAUGAUGCCCUCUGCCACGGUCUCUUCGCACGAUGAACCAACAACCACACUACCCCGGGCCCCGACAGCAGCCUUCCUUUGCGAGCGGUGGGCGCGAGGGAUCGUUUGGCAGCCAGGAUGCCAGGCAACCCGCCCGGGCACAAGAUACCCAGUCGCUCGCCGCGCGUUUCGAAGAUGAGAAGAGGCGCAUCAUUGAAAGCUGCUUCCACAAGCGGGACCCUGAUGGGAUGCAGCUCGAGUCCUACAUCACCCAUGUCAGGGUCACCGAAGAUGCGUCCUACCCGUCAUCGCCACCUCCUCCCGACUCGCCUGCGUCGAACAAAAAGCCUAGAGUCAUUCUUGUUGCGGUGCGAAGGUCGGGCAAGGUUAGAGUCCACAAAGCACGCGAAAACCCAAGCGGGACGUUUUCAAUAGGGAAGACAUGGGCUUUGGAUGAAUUACUUGCAAUUACUUCAUACUCGUCCAUGGUGCCGGCAACGCCGCAACAGCAGAUGGAGAAGCAAUGGGCAGCCCACACAGGGUUCAUUGUCACUCUUGGAAAGCCGUAUUUCUGGGCAGCAGACACCGCCAAAGAGAAAGACUUUUUCAUCGCCAGCCUUAUCAAAAUAUACCGGAAAUACACGGGCGGCCGUGUGCCAGACCUCAUCGGCUUUGGGCCACAGGAGGUGACACAGCUCAUUGGAACCCCGUCGUCCCAGACUACUCCCAACCCAAAUGCCGCAUUGUCCCCGAACCUCACACCUGAACGGUCACACAACCUUCCCCCUCCUCCUCCCUCUGUGCCCGCCUUGAGUGCGAACCGGCCGCAAUCACCUUAUUCCACGGCACAACCACAUCCACAGCCACCUCCAAGCAGAGAAGGCAACCGUAGUGAACCGCCAGAGAGGGAACGUCCGGUGCGGCAUCAAGGCUAUCACAUGGUUACUACCGAUGGUCCGGGUGAUUCCCGCCAUUCAGGAAGGUCCGGACGGGAUCAGCAUAUGAAUGAUGCUCCGCCGCCUCGUGGUCAGCCGUAUGGUAGCCAUUUCAGGCGAGAUGACGGCCGAGCGCCGUCCCUGACGGACAGCCUGCAACCGACAAGCUCGCGGCUGUCAAUCAGCCCCAAAGCCUCGCAAUCGUCCUUACAGCGCUCCGAGGCUUCCUCUCUCGAACCGCCUCCACUCAGACCUAACGGCUUCGGCGCAGCGAGGAAACAAGGGCCGCCGCCUGGCCAGGACUCAGCCCGCAAUGCUGGUGGUAGUGAAAGCUUCAACAAGCGAAGACCGAGUGCGGCCAACAGUGACUAUACGUCUCCCGAACCAGUGUCUAGCACCCCAGCGCGCGAUUAUGAACCGUUGCCUGAGCGUAAGAGGCCAGUCGCAGCUGUGUCAGAAUCCAGAUCCGACCAACUCGGCCCUCCGAGUCAGGACAAUAGCGAGUUUGUCACCCCGGUAGCAACGCCAAGCGCACUGAAAGAGGAGGAAGAACAGAAACGAGAUGAUGGUUACUUUGCCAAAGAAAAGUCCCAACAGGAUCCUGCCAGGCGUGGGAAUGCCGUUGCAUCAAGUAAGGAUGCAUCUCAGAACAUUACAAAUGAACCCUUUACGGACGAGCCAGCAGAAGCGCCAGCUCCCCCCAAGGUGGAAGAAGAGCAUCGUCCGGGACUGGGGCCGAUGAUCAAGAAGAAAUCGGAGAAGGAUAUUGCGAACAGGUUCCGAAAAGCUGCUCUCGCUGCAACAGCCUUCCAACCACGUCAGGGUGGCGCCGCUGCUCGACUGAGAGCACUGCAGGAGAGACAAUCCAACGAGCCCGAUGGCAUCACCAGCGUAGUACCAGCACCUUUGAUGAGGGGUAUGAGUUCUGAUAGUGCAAGGAGUGGCACUCCAGACCUACCAGGGGCAGGUAACGAGAGGAAUCAACCUACUCCGCAACCCACACAGAAUGACACAGUGCCGAAAGUCCACCUUGAGCGAACGGCAACUUCUGAUACCGUUGCACGUUCUGAGACUCCCGCCAUUUUGCCCGCUCCGCAGCAACAGGCACCACCCAAGGAGGAAAGGGCACAGUCUCCUGAUAAGGGGCGGUCACGCUCGCCGCAGAGGAGGCGUCGGCAAAAAUUGGAGGCCGAAGUCGAGAAACAUUGCGCGACCUUGGGGAUCGAUCCUCGAAUUUUGGAGGGCCGCGGAGCUGAUUUCAAUGAGCUUCUGACCGAGUUUGGCUGGGGUGGGAGACUGCCAGGGCAGCAAAAGGUGGAAGAUUUCGAGACCGAGAUUCGUCGGGAAAUCGGUCGUGCCCAGGCAAGCGGUUGGUUGGGCCAUUUGGAACAACAAGAAAGUAAAGUGCAAGAAUUGGCAAAGGCGUUUGAUAGAGCCAUUGCAGAGUGUGAUGAACUCGAUGGUCUACUAACGUUGUAUGCCCACGAACUUGAUACUCUGCACGACGAUAUUGAGUAUAUUGAGGCUCAAGGACAAGGUUUGCAAGUGCAAACGGCGAACCAGAAGUUGCUCCAGGCGGAGCUACAGAACUUGUUGCAGACGCUGACGAUAUCGUCCGAAGACCUGAGAGCUCUCCGCGCAGCGCCCAUUGACAAUUUGGACGGCCUGCAGGCAGUGGAGAGUUCUUUGGCACUGCUCUACCGAGCCAUGCUGACCAUCGAUCCUGAAAUCCGGCAGAAUAAGCUCCGUCAAACUGGGGCUUCUUCGACUCAUGGUACAGGAUUGCCCGUGUAUGCCGACUCUAACACUGACCAAAUGCGGGCGGUGCAACAAAAGAAGGAGGAGUAUAGACAAGAGAGCAUGAUGUUCAUCAACCGGUUCAACCAACAUAUGAAGGCUAUGUUUCAGAUGGCUGAGCAACGAACUAGCGAGGAGGAAAAAGCUAGCGUUUCUUCUGGGACAUCUAUUGCGCUCAAUCUCCGGGCUUACACGGCUUCACGUCAGGAGCUGUGGGUGUACAACGCUAUGAUGCUCUUCGUGCGGGAGGUCAAUCAGUACGAAUGGCAGACAUUGAUCAGCAGCUAUGAGAUCAGUGUCAAGAGCAUCUAUCAGGAGCAGUUCCGCGACUUCACCAUGAACCUCAGGCGGACGGCCAGGAAGCCGACCGGGGAGGAACAGGAGAUUCUGUUCACGCACCAAGAGAAAGAGAAAGCAGAAGAGUCGCUUACUUCCACGGCUGCCCGCAAGCUCACGGUCAGACGGGGUAAAACGGUCAGGACCACUGCUCUGAAACAAUCAAUGGGUGACAAGAGGGAGGGCAAACCAGAAGCAUGGGCUGUGUUUGAGACAGUGCUUGAACAGCAAGCCACGGCUGUUGCCGAAGAGCAAAACUUCAUUGUGCACUUUUUCCAUCUCGAGUCACAGUCCAACGCCGAUUUUGCCGAUGUGGUACAAUCUCAGCCUCCUGAACAACGGCAGGUGCCCAACCUGCAGGCCAAGCAACCUUACGAUCCGGACCGAACCAUGGCCAAGGUUGUGCAAAACACCGUCGAGGGUAUUUAUGGAUUCUGGGUCAAGGACCUUCAGGCGUUGGUGGAUUGGGUACUACACAUGGACCAACUACAUGGCGUGGGCGUGCUCGUCGCUCUAGAGCAGUGUCUGGCCAAAUAUGAAGAGACCAAUCAGGAAUUCAUCACUCGGACGGUACGCGUCCUUCACGAGCGAGUGACGGGACUCUUCCACAAAUUUGUGGAAGAGCAGGUCAAAGCGAUUGAAGAGACUAAAGUCAAGGUCAAGAAACGUAAGGGGUUGAUCUCGUUCAUGAGAGUGUUCCCCGAGUUUACUUCGGCGGUGGAGGAGAUGAUUCCUUCAGAGUCUACUGCCCACCACGACUCGCUCGAGGUGCGCUUCAUUGUGAAUGAUGCGUACACCAAACUGUUGAAGGCGAUGUGGGAAUCUCUGAGUUUCAUCGCCAAGGACCACCCGGCCAGCUCGAGCGCAGGCGCGGCAGGCGGCGUGGUUCAUACAGGUGGACCGACGAGCGGAGAUCCCGAGGACAAAGAAGCGCUCAACUACCAUAUCCUGCUGAUUGAAAACAUGAAUUUCUUUGUGGAAGAGGUGAAAACGCACCACAACGUGGUAUUGGAAGAGUGGACGGAGCGAGCAUCCCGCGACCAACUGACUCAUCUGGCUCAAUAUACCGAUGCCGUGAUCCGGCGGCCCCUGGGCAAAUGGCUGGAUUUCCUCGAGAGUACUGAAGCCAUGAUGAAAUCAACGGAUUCGAACAAUUAUGCCGCUAUUGCCAAUAAACCGAGUCACUCGCGCAGCUCGGCCAAGAAGAUCCUGGCCGCAUACGACGCCAAGGAGGUGCGCAAGGGCAUUGAGACGCUCAAGAAGCGCAUCGAAAAGCAUUUCACUGACGCCGACGAUCCCAGUGGAAGUCUGAGCAGUAGUAGUAGGGCUUUGAUCGCCAGGGUCUUUGACGAGUGUUCGACGCGAUAUGCGCAUGCGUACGAUCGCAUGAAAACGGUGAUUGAUCGGGUGUAUGAUUCGAGUCUGGAAAUCGAGUGGCGGAAGGAGGAUGCUGCCGCCAUGUUUAGGAGGUGAUAGGUAGCCUUUUGCGAAUGCAAGUCGGUUUCAUCAG